GAUAAGCCCCGGCGAGGCGAGAAUUGAAAGACGCUUCCUGAGAGAUCGUUCUCCGUGAAACCCUAGAGAGUGAGUGAGUUUAGUUUCGUCCAUGCUGAUGUUUCGUUCCCUGAUCCGAAACUUAUUAGAUUGUUCUCUGUUUGCUGGGUUUCUGCUAUUAUUAUGAUUCUUUCCUGCAACCCUAAGAGUUCUCUUUUUUAGAUUGUGCUAAUAUGAUGUUUCCUUUCAUUCUUCUUCUGACUAUUGAGUGAUUUAUGGGUUAAAAAACAUCUUUGUCACCAGGUCACGGUGUAAAGUUUGUAUCUUUCGUGUUGUUUAUUUUUUUUUAAUGAAAGGCUGCAUUUUUGUUACUUGAUGGGUCUUCCGCUUGUUCAUGAGUUUCAUCAAUAUCUGUAUUCUGUUUUUGAAUCACUUGUCUUUGCUUUGAGAAUACACCAGAUACGCACAACAUAAGUAACAAUGGCUUUGGCUUUCUUCUUAAGUAAAGUUGGAAGGACAUUUAGGCAGGCUAGCACUCAUGUCACUGCCCCUAACUGGAUGCUUCAGAGGAGCAUCCGUUGCAUGUCUUCUUCUUCUUAUGUAAAACUCUUUGUUGGAGGUAUCUCCUAUAGCACUGAUGAGUUUGGCUUGGGAGAAGCUUUUAGCAAAUAUGGACAAGUUGUUGAUGCCAAAGUUGUUGUGGACCGUGAAACUGGUAGAUCGAGGGGUUUUGCUUUCGUGACAUUUACUUGUAACCAGGGGGCUACUAAUGCCUUGAUGCACUUGGAUGGACAGUACCUUCAUGGUCGAAGAAUUAGGGUGAAGUACGCAUUUGGAGGCGGUGGUGGUUACGGUGCUCGAGCUGGUGGUUAUGGAGGCCGCCUUCCUCUUUUUUCUUUUGGUCCUCUACCUUGUGGUUACGCACAAGACUCUCCUGUUUUUUAUGAUGAUCCUCUACCUUGUGGUCACGUAGCAGAAUAUUCUGUUUGGUCAAGGUGA